AUGCAACGCCGUUGUCCACCCCUCCUCCUUGCUCUCAUCCUCUUAUUCUCCGCCGCCGUCACCGUUGGCGUCGCCGCCGGCGACCUUAUCGCCAUCCCCACCGCACUAGACGGCAGCCGCACCUCUCGCCGUCGCCCUAUUGAUGAUCCACAGUUCACCGUGACGCUCUGGGAGGAGGAGGAGAUCAAGACUAGACCUAUAGCGUCCCGAAAUCUUGAGGACGGCAGCGGAGUCUCGUACGUCGUGCCCAUGGCCUUCAUAGAGAAGCUCCGGCGGCGAUGCGCCGGCGAUGACGGCGGACAAGUGCCCACCGGCGGUAGCCAUCGUCGCUGCGACGCCACGGCGAUCAGGCAGCUUGAGGAGGAGAUGGCUCCAUGCCUACUUGAGCAGUUCAAGGAGAACAUGGAGAUCAUGCGCACAAUGAAUGAUGUUUUUACUUGGAGAUUCGAGCACCCCUAUUUUAUGGCCGUGGAACAAAGGUCCCAGAUGAUGGAUGUGUUUUGCCUGAAUAAACACAAUUAA